AUGGAGAAUGGUAUGCUUACUGGUGCUGCUUUGUUGGACUUUUCAGCUGCUUUCGACCUGAUUGAUCAUAAUUUGCUGCUUCUGAAAUUGAAAUGUUAUAACUUUUCAGAUAAUGCGAUUAACUGGAUCCAGUCGUAUUUAAGUGGGAGAACCUCAACCGUAUAUAUCAAUGGUGCUUUUUCUAAUCCCAUCGAGAUGACUUGUGGGGUGCCACAGCGUAGUUGUGUUGGCACACUGCUCUUCAGUUUGUUUGUUAAUGAUUUACCAACAGUCUUAACUACAGCUGAUAUCACCUUGUACGCCGAUGAUAGCACUCCGUUCCAAUCUGGACAUAACGCCAGACUCAUAUCAGAUAAACUUCAACUUGACUUAUCUAAAGUUGAAUUAUGGGUCUCGAAGAAUCGUCUUGUUCUUAAUGCUGAUAAAACAAAUAGUAUCCUUAUUGGAAGUCGGCAGAAGAUUAAAUCAGCUCCAUCGCUUAACUUAUCCAUUAAAGAUAAAAUCAAUGAACAACUUCCAUGUGUAAAACUCCUUGGCGUCCAGGUUGACGAGAACUUAAGUUGGAAGCAGCAUUGUGAAGAUCUACUUAAAGAUUGUUCCAAAGCUCUUGGCUUACUGUUCAA